AUGGCCGGCACAGGAAGCUCCGCAGCCGAGGCGCUGAACGCCGAGGGCAACGCGCGCUAUGCCGCCGGCCGCUUUGCGGACGCGCUCAGCAGCUACCGCGGGGCGGCACAGGCGGACGGAUCGGUCUCCAAAUACCACAGCAAUCAAGCCAACUCGCUGAUGCAGCUGGGGCAGCCAGAGGCGGCGCUGGAGGCGGCGGAGGCAGCGAUCGCAGCAGACCCAUCGUGGCUGAAGGGCCAUUUCUUCAAGGUGCUGGCGCUGGAGGCGCAGGGCCGCCUGGAGGAAGCCGUGGGCGCAUGCAUAGCGGGCGACGCAAUCGUUGCAGGCGACGCUGCGCCGCUGCGCGACGCGCGCGCUCGGCUAGAGCAGGCGCUGCGGCGGCGGCGCGCUUUGGAGCGGCUUGAACAGCAGCGGGCGGAGGAGCGUGCCGCGGCGGAAAGGCGGGCGGCGGCGCACGAGGCAGCGGCGGCCGCAGCGGCAGCAGCAGUGCAGCAGCAGCAGCAGCAGCAGCAGCAGCAGCAGCAGCAGCAGCACCAGCAGCAGCAGUCAUCAGCGGCAUCGGCCCCGGCGCGCGCCUGGGCGGCGGCUGCGCAGCCGACGGUGGCUGUGACCUACAGCGCCAAGGUUCGAGACGACUCCGGCAACGUGCGCUCCUUCAGCUUUGAGCACCGGCUGGACGCGGCCCGCGUGCGGCGCGCCGCGACGGACAGGCAGGAGGGCGUCGCCAUCCUGCGCGCUGUGACCAUGCCGCACUACCAGGAGAUGCUCGCGGCGGCCCCCUGGCGCUGCGUCUCGUGCGUCACGGCGCCGGCGACCAAGCUGCUGCUGCACCCCAUGUCGUACCUGCACUUGUCGCCGCCCAAGGUGCUCGACGCAGGGGUGACCCCAGUGUCCGCGCAGGCGGCGUGCGCGGCGGCCGCGGAAGCCAUGACGCAGUCGAUCAUGGCGCAGGCGGGAAUUUCGGGCCGUGCCAAUGCGGGGGUUGCCACGGGACGCUGGUGA